AUCAUUGACACUAUGGGAGCCGUUGAAGAGGCAGUAGAUGCUGCGGCGAAUUUUGUUGGCCCGUUCGUAGAUGCAAGUGCGAAGCAUGGUGCUCGAAGUGGUGGUGUACAGCACUCUGAUAACGCCGUGCUGGUACGGGAAGCUGUAGACCACUUGCAGGCCAUUAACACCGCAGAUUUGGCUGCUGAGCCGGAUGCUCCCUACGAUGCGUCUCUUGCCGGCGUUGUGUAUGGCUUGUUGGAUCUUAUUACGUCGCUCGGAGUCCUCCCGUACCUCUCUCCUGGUGUUGCGUUUAGCCAGCGACCAAGAUCUGUUCUGAUAGCAACAUUCACAACCUCUUCUCGGCAAAACAAGGAUGUAUUAUCAGACAACAUACCUCCUCUGCUGUUGAUCUUGGGACAAAAGGAAGGAACAGGCCUCCAACCUCUCAUCGCGCAACGCAUUCUUCCUGAUAUCAUUGCUGCACUGGCAGAACUUGCCUUAUCACCCCAGUAUACUCAGCAAGUUCACUCCCAGUUCGAGCCAGCCUUCAAUGAUCUGCUCGCGCGAACCCCAACAUCGCGUCUGCUGCCAGUACUUACCUCAUUCCUUCAGCAACCACUUCCGGCCUGGUUGAAGCCACGAAUGGGGAGAGAGCUCGCUACAGUACCCAUCCGGACACACGGUAUCCGACACAUCAUCGAGUUCCUAUCACUCUCCUACCUAUCCAAGAACUCCCGUGUCCCAUCAGACGCAUCUGGUUCACAAUCAAAGAUACUGAUACCCCUGGAAGCUGUGACGCAAGCAACGAAGUUGUUGAUCUCACCACCAAGUGGCACAAGUCAGAACGAAUGGAUCCGGGCGUUGGAACCCCAGCUGUGGAGUCUUCUAGAUGGAGACGAAGGCAGGGAGCUCAGUAGAGCAGCUGGCCAAAUCAUUGCAGGUGGUAUUCUCAGCAAGAGAAGCACAGGUGCACCGGGUACAGAUGGAUGGAAGAUGUUUGCACAGCCCAUUCUCGAAACCAUCGAUCCUAAAAAUGAUGCGACAGCUAUUACACGAGACAGCACCAAGGAUCGAGUCCUGGUCCAGGAUCAUGAUCUACUCCUUGCUUUGCAACGAGUAGCUGUCAUUACGACAUCGUACUCGCAUGCAGGCCUUAUCAAGAGACUCAUCGGUCCCUUGCUCCUUCCUCUAUGGGCUCUUCUUAAUUAUGCUCGAUCGAAACGAUCGCUCGACAAGGUAUGGAGCGAGCUGCCACGCAAUAUCAUUUCAAGAUACAUCACCGUCGCUUGCGAUCCGCAGCAGAUGGACACCAUCGCGACUUGCCUUUUUUGGGAUGGACCACCCGGUUGGAUAUUGGGCCCAGGUGCCAAAGCUGGUGUUGAAAUACGAAUGCGAGAGGAUCGAGGCUCCAACGGUCUCGAGGGAAUGGACUCAAUUCUCUCACGUAUCAGUGAUCUCACUGGACGGAUUGGCCUCUUUGUCUCUCUGCUCGCAGACUCAGAGGUUUCAGACGAUGCUGCAGGCCUCAUCUUUCUUCAAGUGACCAGAAGAUGGCUGGUACCCACUUCCAGCUCGAAGGCGACACUUUUGGAUGAACCCGAUGAUGACCCACUCAAAGCACUGACAGAUGCAAAGCUCUCUGAAGCAUUAGCUCUGAGAUUCAAAGACAAAUUUGCGAGAUCGCCACAACACAUUAUCGAACUCAUGGGACAACUGCUUCACAACUAUGUCUCUGAUCACCAGUCAAGCUCAAAACUACGAGCGCAAUCACACAAACCAAGCAGAGCAAAUCUACGGAAUUUAGUUGAUCCUCAAAAAGAGACUCGGAACAGAGAAAGCACGGGCGAUACUUCAGAUGACCUGGUCUCCUUUGCAAUCAGCACAAUCAGUACACUAAUCGCGACCCCGGAGUUUGAACGAGGCCCUCAAACCGAGGCCCUCCUCUUACAGAUUACUCGGCACCUGCAGUAUCUCGUAGACGCCCACCACGCACUUCCUAUUGCGUCAGUCAUCACAAACUCAGCACGCAACCUUUUGCAGACUCUCAGCCCAGCGGCUCCCACAGCAACCCAGAGUAAAAGUGACUCUGACCCUCUGGCCCCUCAUCGCAUUACACUCCAAGCAGCCCUCCAGGACAUCACUUCCCCCGAGGCCCCAAACCGCACAUGGGCCCUCUCCACAAUACACAAGCUGAUCCAAGAUGCCUCGUCAUUCGCGGUCGUUGACGUACCAGCAACAGCCUUCCUCAUACUCUCUGCUUCACUUGCCGAUCCCGAGUCGUAUGUCCACAGCGCGGCUGUUCCUGUGUUGGUCACUCUUGCGCUCUGCGCCCCACACCCCACCAUCAAGAUCCUCGUGGACGCGUUUCUCGACGUCGAUGAGCGCAGUCUUGCGCUAUCGAAAGGUCGAAUGACGGACGAGAAACAGAGAGAGGUCGAGGAGAGUCUGGACUACCGUCUGCGAAUCGGCGAGGUCUUGCACAAGAUUCUCCUCAGCGACGACUUCUGGCACGGCCAGAGCGACGCAGUUCUGAAACACGCCAGUGCCAAGCAGAUUGCGUCUGCUUGUCUUUUGCUGUCUUCGCGCCGCGGUCAGCGCUCCAGGACGCAGUCGUCUCGUCAAGCCGUGUCUCUGCAAAUCGUGCAGCAGCAGGACGAGGCAGAGGCAGCAUGGGGAGGCCCAGUUCCUAAUAUUCUUGAGCGCGAGAGCGAGGCUUCGGCGGCUGAUCAAGCGGACUUCGAGGCUCUUGACAAGAUCGUCAAGGGAUGGGAAGACACAGGGGUGGAAGAAGACGUGCGGAUUCGUGCGAGCGCGAUGAGCAUUUUUGGCACACUGCUUGAGAAGAGGAUCAAGUUUGUGGGGCAGGCAACGGUCGAUGCAGGCGUUCAGAUUGUGCUGCUGGUGCUGACUAUGGAAACUGCGGAGACAUUUUUCAUUCUGAGGCGAGCAGCGGCACUGGUCGUUAUGGGGCUGCUGACAGCCCAAGACGAGGCGCUACAGGCUGGCGAGGAUACUAAUGUGGGCUUGGGGAUAAAGCAGCAGGAUGAGGUGGAGCGGGUGUUCAAGUGGACGAGCAACGAGGAUGGAGAUGAACUUGUCGACGGAGACGAGUCUGCCCUUGUACUCGGUCUCGCCCCACUUGAGACGCACGAAAAUGUCCUUGUCGACGCUGCGCAGGUCUGCACCCGCACCCGCACCGCACUCGCUCCCACCGCCCCGCCCGCAAUGGUGCUCGCACUCGCCCUCAAGGCCGAGCUGGCCGGCGUCACGAAUCUGCGCCCGCUCGACACCGAGGACGCGCCCUUCUACUACACCUUCAAGGUGCAGUGCACGUCGUGCCGCGAGACGCACCCCAACUGGGUGUCGGUCAGCCGCUUCGAGCAGAACGAGAUCAGCGGCAGCAAGGGCGAGGCCAACUUUGUGUGGAAGUGCAAGAACUGCAAGCGCGAGCACUCGGCCAACAUCAAAGCCGCGCCCGCCACCUACGAGCGCGCCGACCCGCCCAAGACGAAGAACAUCCUCGAGUUCGACUGCCGCGGUCUGGAGUUUGUCGAGUUCAAGGCCGAUGGUGAGUGGCUUGCCACAGGCGAGGAGUCCGGCUCCAAGUUCGAAGGCAUCGAGCUGCACGAGGGCGAGUGGUACGACUACGACGAAAAGGCCGGCGAGGAGGUCAGCAUCACCAACCUGGUAUGGGAGGUGCGCCGCGCAUAGACCGAGGAUGCGGGGUACCGGUAGAGGUUGGCAGAGGGUGCAGGUCAGGCUGAGGGGUGCAGGUACAGGUCAGCUGCAGACACUGGCCAAGGUAGCUGAAGCUGGUAAAGAUAGCUGAGGGCACAGGAGGAGGCUGGCUGACGAACUUGAAUAAAGCAGCUGAAGAUACUGGUAAAGAUAGCCAGAGGACUUGCAAAGCCAGCUGAGAGCACUGGCACGCUUGAUUCGAAGUACUGGCAAGAUUAGUGCAAGCACUGGCAGUUUUGGCGCAAGCACCGGCAAGACUGGCAAGAUUGACUGAAGGCAUUGGCAAGCUGGCUGAAAACACUGGCUGAAAGCACUGGCUGACGCCGACGCACACCUCGCGGUCCCUCGAGCAACAUAAACAAUUCGCGGCU